GCGAAUGGUCUGGCCCGUCGGUAGCUGCCACCCGCUCGGACAGCUACAGCUGUUCCAGGCGCUCCGUGUCGAGCGCCGGAGUCCGGAGCCGUGGCUGCCACGGGCGGUGGGCUGGCGGAGGAGAGCUCCGGACCACCAGCGCAGGCUGCCGAGCCCGGGCGGCGGCCCGCGGGGAAGCUUCGAGGCGCGGGAGCAGCCGGGGGACCGCCUGCAGUGGAGACGCGAGGACUCGGGCUGGGGUUUCCUCACCCUGGUACCGUAUUAUCCCAUAAAUUUGGUAUCCUGAAAUCUGAGGAUUCUACCAAGAUAAUAUGAUAGGAACUUUCAGUGAUUUGGGGCCAUAUCCUACUUAGACUAAUGUGGAAUUUCCAGAUUUCCUGAGAGUUUGGUACAGCAGCACAUACUGCUUGCUAAUCAGCACAGGCAAUAAUGCCGUCUCUGCCUCAAGAAGGAGUUAUUCAGGGAUCCUCUCCCCUGGAUUUGAAUACAGAAUUACCUUAUCAAAGCACAAUGAAAAGGAAAGUCAGAAAGAAGAAAAAGAAGGGAACUAUUACAGCAAAUGUUGCUGGGACAAAGUUUGAAAUUGUUCGUUUAGUAAUAGAUGAAAUGGGAUUUAUGAAAACUCCAGAUGAGGAUGAAACAAGUAAUCUUAUAUGGUAUGAUUCUGCUGUUCAGCAGGAGAAAAUUUCAGAGCUGCAAAAUUAUCAGAGGAUCAACCAUUUUCCAGGAAUGGGGGAGAUCUGUAGGAAGGAUUUCUUAGCAAGAAAUAUGACCAAAAUGAUCAAAUCUCGGCCUCUGGAUUAUACAUUUGUUCCUCGAACAUGGAUCUUCCCUGCUGAAUAUACUCAAUUCCAAAAUUAUGUGAAAGAAUUGAAGAAAAAACGGAAGCAGAAAACUUUUAUAGUGAAACCAGCUAACGGUGCAAUGGGUCAUGGGAUUUCUUUGAUAAGAAACGGUGACAAACUUCCAUCUCAGGAUCAUUUGAUUGUUCAAGAGUACAUUGAAAAGCCUUUCUUAAUGGAAGGUUACAAGUUUGACUUACGAAUUUAUAUUCUGGUUACAUCAUGUGAUCCACUAAAAAUAUUUCUCUACCAUGAUGGACUUGUGCGAAUGGGUACAGAGAAGUACAUUCCACCUAAUGAGUCCAAUUUGACCCAGUUAUACAUGCAUCUGACAAACUACUCCGUGAACAAGCAUAAUGAGCAUUUUGAACGGGAUGAGACUGAGAACAAAGGCAGCAAACGUUCCAUCAAAUGGUUUACAGAAUUCCUGCAAGCAAAUCAACAUGAUGUUGCUAAGUUUUGGAGUGAUAUUUCAGAAUUGGUGGUAAAGACCCUGAUUGUAGCAGAACCUCAUGUCCUGCAUGCAUAUCGAAUGUGCAGACCUGGUCAACCUCCAGGAAGUGAAAGUGUCUGCUUUGAAGUCCUGGGAUUUGAUAUUUUGUUGGAUAGAAAACUAAAGCCAUGGCUUCUGGAGAUUAACCGAGCCCCAAGCUUUGGAACUGAUCAGAAAAUAGACUAUGAUGUAAAAAGGGGAGUGCUGCUAAAUGCAUUGAAGCUACUAAACAUAAGGACUAGCGACAAAAGGAGAAACUUGGCCAAACAAAAAGCUGAGGCUCAAAGGAGGCUCUAUGGUCAAAAUUCAAUUAAAAGGCUCUUACCAGGCUCCUCAGACUGGGAACAGCAAAGACACCAGUUGGAGAGGCGGAAAGAAGAGUUGAAAGAGAGACUUGCUCAAGUACGAAAGCAGAUCUCACGAGAAGAACAUGAAAAUCGACAUAUGGGGAACUAUAGACGAAUUUAUCCUCCUGAAGAUAAAGCACUACUUGAAAAGUAUGAAAAUUUGUUAGCUGUUGCCUUUCAGACCUUCCUUUCAGGAAGAGCAGCUUCAUUCCAGCGAGAGCUGAAUAAUCCUUUGAAAAGGAUGAAGGAGGAAGAUAUUUUGGAUCUUCUGGAGCAAUGCGAAAUUGAUGAUGAAAAGUUGAUGGGAAAAACUACCAAGGCUCGAGGACCAAAGCCUCUGUGUUCUAUGCCUGAGAGUACUGAGAUAAUGAAAAGACAGAAGUACUGCAGCAGUGACAGCAGUUAUGAUAGUAACAGCGGCUCUUCAGAAUCUGACGAAAAUGAAAAAGAAGAGUACCAAAAUAAGAAAAGAGAAAAGCAAGUUACAUAUAAUCUUAAACCCUCCAACCACUACAAAUUAAUUCAGCAACCCAGCUCCAUAAGGCGUUCAGUCAGUUGUCCUCGGUCCAUCUCUGCUCAGUCACCUUCCAGUGGGGACACCCGCCCAUUUUCUGCUCAACAAGUGAUAUCUGUGUCACGGCCAACUUCUGCAUCUCGGUCACAUUCUUUAAACCGUGCUUCCUCCUACAUGAGGCAUCUGCCUCACAGUCAUGAUGCCUGCUCUACCAACUCUCAAGUGAGUGAGUCUUUGCGGCAACUGAAAACAAAAGAACAAGAAGAUGAUCUAACAAGUCAGACCUUAUUUGUUCUCAAGGACAUGAAGAUCCGGUUUCCAGGAAAGUCAGAUGCAGAAUCAGAACUUCUGAUAGAAGAUAUCAUCGAUAACUGGAAGUAUCAUAAAACCAAAGUGGCUUCAUAUUGGCUCAUAAAAUUGGACUCAGUAAAACAACGAAAAGUUUUGGACAUAGUAAAAACAAGCAUUCGUACAGUUCUUCCACGCAUCUGGAAGGUUCCUGAUGUUGAAGAAGUAAAUUUAUAUCGGAUUUUCAACCGAGUUUUUAAUCGCUUACUGUGGAGUCAUGGCCAAGGGCUGUGGAACUGUUUCUGUGAUUCAGGAUCCUCUUGGGAGAGUAUAUUCAAUAAAAGCUCGGAGGUGGUGACUCCUUUGCAGCUCCAGUGUUGCCAGCGUCUGGUGGAACUUUGUAAACAGUGCCUGCUAGUGGUUUACAAAUAUGCAACUGAUACAAGAGGAUCACUCUCAGGCAUUGGUCCUGACUGGGGUAAUUCCAGGUAUUUACUACCAGGGAGUACCCAGUUCUUCUUGAGAACACCGACUUACAACUUGAAGUACAAUUCAUCUGGAAUGACCCGCUCCAAUGUCUUGUUUACAUCCAGAUAUGGCCAUUUGUGAAACAGAAGGGAAGACUGCCAUUGGUUAUACAUAAUAGCAAUUCAUUUUUUUCCCCUGAAGUUGAACAUGCAAAGAACAUGACCAUUAAGUGCUGUUUUAUGUAUAUAAGACAUAUAUAUGUGUGAAAAUAUAUACACAUAUGCACUCAAAUAACAUAUAUUUAUUAUAUUAAAUAAUAUAUGAAAGAAGAAUUAGCAGAACAUGGAAUAUAAGACUUAACCUCUCUGGAAAUGUAAUAAACCAUGUUAAAAUUGUUUACACAAAUAUGUGAAUGUCUAGAACUUGCUAGGUUUAUAAUUAAUUCCUUCCUACUAGAAAUGUUAUUUUUGCUGCAGAGUAUAUAAAAAAAUUGAUCUUGAAGAUCC